UGUCCCUCGAACACUCAUAAUUUCUCAUCGCCCAUCGUUCGCCGAAGAACUAAUCAGAGUUUCUUCGGUCAAAUUCAUUUCCCUGCCUGCGCGCGACGACCUCUGCACGUUGCGCGUGGCUAAAACACCGCAAUCAUGGCUCCCAAGAAGAAGGACCAGCAGAAGAUGUCCCUCGGGGCCUUCUUGCAGGAAGAGAAAUACGGUGGUUCGUGGGCUGACGAAGUUGAGGAUUCAUUCGGAUCCCAGCCUCUACCUUCCUCUGGCACUGACCGACGAACUGGCUAUUCUAGCUAUGGAUCCGGUGGCGGUGAUCGUGGCUACGCUCGCGACUCUUACGCAUCCCAGGGACCCGCACAACUUCCUACUAAACCGCCUUUCACCGCUCACCUAGGCAACCUUUCCUACGAAGCUACUACCGAAUCUGUGACCGAGUUUUUCGAGGAUUGUGACAUUACUAGCGUCCGAAUCAUCGAGGAUCGCAUCGAGCAGCGCCCAAAAGGGUUUGCCUAUGCUGAGUUUGCGAAUGUUGAAGGUCUAAAGAAGGCCUUGACUCUUGAUGGAACCAGCUUCCAAGGUCGCACUAUCAAGAUUAAGAUCGCAGAUCCCCCCAAGGAACGACAGGAUCGUGGCGGCGACUCAGCUCGCGACCUUAGUAGCUGGGAGCGAAAAGGUCCCUUGGCGGAUCUUCCAUCUCGUGGUGGUGAUCGACGCCCCGCAGAAUUCGGAGAGCGCCGCGGACCUGGCGGUUUCCGGGAUCGGGAUGCAGCACCCCCUUCUGACGACGGCAAGGUACGCGAUUUCGGCAACUGGGAACGGAAGGGUCCGCUAUCACCUCUUCCUCAGCCCGAACGUGCGGGAUCACGAGAUAGCAGCCGUCCCCGAACCCACGAUGCUAACCGUGGCGAUUCCUUCCGCAAGGAUCGUAGAGCCUCUCCAGCUACGUGGGGUGAGGGUCGUCAAGAAGGCUCUCGUCCCCCUAGGGAAUUCAAAGAGAGGACUGAGCGCCCAGAUCGCCCAGAGCGCACAGAGCGUCCGGAACGCGCACCAACUGCAGCGGAUCUAGACAACCAGUGGCGCAACAACAUGAAGCCCGACCGUUCCGUGAAGUCUCCUGGACAGUCCCGUGAUGGAUCCGAGGCACCGCCGUCGCCAGCUCCUGCUGCGGCUAACCUCGCAGCUCCCGUAGGUCGCCCUCGACUUAACCUCCAGAAGCGGACGGUAUCCGAAUCUCCUGAUGUCGUAUCCCCCGGAUUGCCAUCUGCUACUGGCGACUCUAAAGCGAGCCCCUUCGGUGCCGCUCGUCCUAUUGAUACGGCGGCAAAGGAGCGUGAGAUCGCAGAGAAGCGAGAGCAACAGUUGAAGGAGAAGAAGGAGGCAGAUGAUAAAGCCAAGGAAGAACGACGUAUUGCCAAGGAAGCUAAGGAUGCCGCGGCAAAAGAAGCUGCAGAAAAAGCUGCAGCGGAGGCAGAGAAGCCAAAGGUGGUUGAGCCAGUCGAGGAGAAACCCGAAGCCGUCCCUGAGACCAAGGAGGAGGAACCUAAGGAGGGAGGUACCCAGGCUCAGAACGGCAAUGGUGCAGAACAGAAAUUGCCAAUUCGACCAAAGGAUAACGUGCCAAAUCCUAAGACCACCAGAGCUGCCGAGAGUGGCAACUGGCGAGCAUCAACGGGAGAACGAGGUCGUGGCGGCUACGUCAACGCCUCAAGAGGCCGUGGUGAUGCUCGAGGCCGCGGUGCGCCGCGGGCACCGCGCGGCAACCACGAAGGUCGACCUCCCCGAGCAAACGGAAACACAGCCGCCCCCUCCACUCAACAGUCUACACAGGCCCCGCCUCCUGCCUCAGAGGGCGAGGCUGCUCCGGCACAGAGUGCGGAUGGCUGGACAACGGUCCAAACUAAGCCUCGCCACAAUAACCGUACGCGUGCUUGAAUGCGACGGCAAGCAAUGUACAAAAACCAGGUCUUCCAUGCAUAGGUACAUGGGGGGAGUUCAUCGGGAUCCAUAAUGCUGUGGACUUGCAAUACGAAGAAAAAUUUUUGAUCUUUUACUGCUAUUGACCCCCUUCGCUGUGACGACUGCUUUACGACGAUC